CUUGGAAAUCAUCUUCAUCUUGACCAAUGUGAAAAAGGAGAAAACCUAAUGUGGAACAUAUAUCGGUUGGGAUUCCAGAGGAGUAGGGUCUGUCUGUAACUCGGAUUCUCAUUACAUCAUCUUUCAUUUAUUUACGUUUGACCCCCAAAUACUUGUUUACUUUCUACUUUCUCUUAUUCAUAUCUGCCAUUUCUUUCCACAUUAAUCACUUUUGAUUCCCCAGAAACAUUAAUACUUUUAUCCCCCCACCAACAGACACUUCCUUUCCUCCUCUCUCUCUAUAUAGUAUAUAGUGCCCUGCUGGGUUUCCGCCGCAUUCCAGGUUUCUUCCUUGUGCGCCGGAAAUGGACGACAGGAGUGGAGGCUUCGGCGGAGGGGCGUUUUGGGAAACUGAACAACUUCAAGAAGAAGAGGUAUGGGGUAUUAUGAAAACGAGAAGAGAAGCCGCCUCAGUACUCGCAAACUCCAACUCAAAGACACGAAACACCAUCGUAUGUAGUUCCUCCUCGUCGUCCAUCCCAAGAGCCACCGUGGAGUGCUCCGACGCCGGGUGGGUGGGGCGUCAUCAGUCAUCAGCUCCGGUGGACGUUCCGGACUGGUCCAAGAUUCAGAAGAAAAGAUCAAGAAGGAGCUUGUGGAAUGCACAUAACGAUGAUGAUGAUGGAGUGCAUGAUGGUAAAACAGAUGAAGAUGAUGAUGGUGGUGAGAUGAUUCCACCCCAUGAAUACCUGGCACGAAGGCUGGCGAGUGCUCAGAUUGCUUCAUUCUCAAUGUGUGAAGGAGUUGGAAGGACGUUGAAAGGA